AUGCCGGACAUCUCAUCGGCCACUCUAUGCCGCAGAAAGGACUUUCUCCGGAUCACCACGGCACUACGCACCCACGGCAUACGCUACCGAUGGGGGUUCCCCACGAAGCUAAUUAUCACCGAGAAUGGAAAAACAACCCUUAUCCCAACCUCAGAGGACGGCCUAAAACUGCUUGACAA